AUGAGGUGGCUCCUGCCCUGGACGCUGGCAGCUGUGGCAGUCCUGGUGGCGGGCAGCGUCCUGGCCACGGUCAUCUCUCCGACCCCCACAACCAUGACUUUCACUCCUGUGCCACCGGAGGUCGCAACUACACGCCCCGAGUUCUGCAAGUGGCCCUGUGAAUGCCCACAGUCUCCACCUCGCUGCCCACUGGGUGUCAGCCUUAUCACAGAUGGCUGUGAAUGCUGUAAGAUAUGUGCCCAGCAGCUCGGGGACAACUGUACAGAAGCUGCCAUCUGUGACCCUCACCGGGGCCUCUACUGCGAUUACAGUGGGGACUGGCCGAGGUACGCAAUAGGAGUGUGUGCACAGGUGGUCGGUGUGGGCUGCGUCCUGGAUGGCGUGCGUUACACCAAUGGCGAGUCCUUCCAGCCCAACUGCAGGUAUAACUGCACGUGCAUUGAUGGCACAGUGGGCUGCACACCGCUGUGCCUCAGCCCCAGGCCCCCGCGCCUCUGGUGCCGACAACCCCGGCAUGUGAGGGUGCCUGGCCAGUGCUGUGAGCAGUGGGUAUGCGACGAUGACGCAAGGAGGCCACGCCAGACAGCACUGCUGGAUACCAGUGCCUUUGCAGCUUCAGGCACAGUGGAACAAUGGCACAGGAACUGCAUAGCCUACACCAGCCCCUGGAGUCCUUGCUCAACCACCUGUGGUCUAGGAAUCUCAACUCGGAUCUCUAACGUCAAUGCCCGGUGCUGGCCGGAGCAGGAAAGUCGCCUCUGCAAUCUCCGGCCGUGUGAAGUGGACAUCCAUCUAUACAUCAAGGCUGGGAAGAAGUGUCUGGCUGUGUACCAGCCAGAGGAGCCCAUGAACUUCACUCUCGCGGGCUGUGUUAGCACCCGCGCCUACCGACCCAAGUACUGUGGAGUCUGCACUGACAACAGGUGCUGUAUCCCCUACAAGUCCAAGACCAUCAGUGUCACAUUCCAGUGUCCAGAGGGGCAGAGUUUCUCACGUCAGGUCCUAUGGAUCAAUGCUUGCUUCUGCAACCUGAGCUGCAGGAAUCCAAAUGAUAUCUUUGCGGACUUGGACUCUUAUCCUGACUUCUCAGAGAUUGCCAAUUAG